AUGCCAAAAACAGCCCUUGCCCGUACGAAAGCUUUACAACCAGUUGGCUUUCGAGCUCAAUCUAUAAUCAUCGAUGGUCGUGGUCAUUUAAUUGGUCGUUUGGCAGCUACAGUCGCCAAAACUAUCCUCCAAGGUCAUAACGUUGUCAUUGUUCGAUGUGAAGGUUUAAACAUCAGUGGAUCAUUCUACCGAAACAAACUUAAAUAUUUGGAAUUUCUUCGCAAGCGUUGUAACAUCAAUCCAUCACGAGGUCCAUUCCAUUUCCGCGCACCAUCGAAGAUCUUCACACGCAUUGUACGCGGAAUGGUUCCACAUAAAACCGAACGUGGAAAACAAGCUUUAGUACGUCUUCGCGCUUUCGAAGGUAUUCCAACACCCUACGAUAAAAAGAAACGUAUGAUCGUUCCAAGCGCUCUACGUACGUUACGACUCAAACCACGUCGUCGUUUUACUGAACUCGGUCGUUUAUCCACUGAAGUCGGCUGGCAAUAUGAAACCGUUGUUGCAACAUUAGAAAAGAAACGUAAGAUCAAGGCUAAACACUACUAUUUACGCCAACGUGAAUUGAAAAAAUUGAAAACCACAGCUACAAAGAAAUUAAGUUCGAAACCACAAGUCGCGAAACAUCUCGCUGUACUUCAAAAAUAUGGUUAUCAACUCUAA